GUGAUUGGUUGUUAUAGGGUUGUCAGCGGCACCAGAGUUCGUGCAAACCGUGUUGUAAACAGUAAGGUUAGCCUCGUUUCAUUUCACGUGAUGUUGCGGCAGACUUUGGAAGCGUUGUAAAGCUGCGUACGUAAAGAGAGCGGUAUGUCAGGAAGACACAGGUCGCUGCCUUCAUGGAUGGCAAAAAAAGAGGAGAAAAGCCAAGAAAAGAAGCCACUGAAGAGAAAGCGGAAAGCUGCCAGGUCUGCUUUCUACUGUAUGAACGAGCAAGAGCUGGUAGAAGCAGCUGUUUCCUAUUUCACAAACGGCUCAUGUGAGGACCUGACACUCGUGACUCGCCAGCAGGGUAAACAAAAAGCAGUAGACACAGUUAAGAAGAUGGGGAAAUCCACAAAUUCACAGCUGACAGCAAAUCCAGUUGCUGCAGAGGAGUCCCCAUCAGACUGCACUGAAGAUCUGGACAUGACGUAUGUUUCAGAAACAGACUUGGACAUUACAGAGGUGGAAACAUUACUUUACACCAGCAGGCCGCAGCAACAAACACCUGAGGGUCAGCGUUCAGGAACAGUUGAGAAUGUGGAGGCUGGGAAGACGAAUGAACCACCGCAGACAGCAGCAGAGGACAGCGAUGCCUUACGCCUUGUACGGGAAAUUUUUUUCAGCUGAUUAACUUAUUUGACACUAAAAAGUUUUUGCAUUAAA